ACAAAUUAAAGCCGCGCGCUGCUUUUUUCUUAUAAUCGAAAUAAAGUGAAGUGAAAAACUCUCUGGGUGUUUUUUCCCCCAUUAUUUUUGUCUUUCUUUUACACCUUUUUGCUGUUCCGUACUAAAGCCAAGUGAGUGCGGCGGCUAUUCUGCAACUCAUCGACAUCGACAGUCUUUACUGUUGUCUGUUGUGGCUAGUCAAUUCAGUUCGGCAGCAACAUCAGCAGCAGCCGAACCAUCAUCAUCGCAACAACAUUGUGUCGUCUCUUCAACUCUUCAAUUCUUCAAUUCAAUUCAACCCCCAACGCAAACGCAGACGGUACUACGGGUACUUAAGUAAACAUUUUUAUGUGAUGUGGUGUGGUGGUUCGCGCGUGAACUGACCCAACGCCCCCAGUGAUCGCUUUACAGAAUUUAGUAGUCAGAAAAUAAAAGAAUAGUAGCUGAAAAAGAAAAUGCAAUAAAUUAGAAUUUCGCUGUGCUGUGUGAAAGCGUGUGAGACGAAAGCGAAGAAAUUGUAAAACGAUAAAACGCAGUUACCAAAACAAUAAGCAACAAAGAUAUAGCCAAAUAAAAAUGGUUUAAAAACAAGUAGCAAACUAAAAAGACAACAACAAAAGUGAAGUACGGUGAAGUGAACACAAAAUGUGUGUACAACUACAAAUAAAAAAGUGUUAAAAAUCAAUCAAAAUAUCAACGCAAUGCAAAUUGUUAAAAUGGAAAACCCUGAAAACAGUGAAAAAUAAAAUUUCAACGCACAGAAACAGCGAAAAGUUCAUGGCGAAAAAAAUUUCGCCAACAAAAUUUUGAAGCGCGUGAAAAAAAUUUUUAACUAAAGGAAACACACAAAAAGGCAAUAAGAUACUAAAGUGCUAAAAACAAAUAAUCGCAAAUAGCUGCAAACUGCAAUUGCAAAAUUUAUGAAAACAAACAAACAGUACAGCCACUAUGUACGAAAUGCUAAAAGCAAACGCACUGCACGUGCAAAUGGAAUAACAAUUAAAUAUUAAAAUAAAUAAAAAAAACUACAAAAACACACAGAAUUUUUACAAGUCAAAUGUGUAGUAAAGAAAAUAUUACUACAAUGUGCAACAGUGCAGAAAAAGUUAAAUCAAAAUACGUUUCAAAAACGAGAAAAUAAAUAUUUUUUACAAGCCUUAAAUAAAUACUGAUAUAAAAUAGUGUUUUUUUUUGUUUUGUAAACAGACAACCAAAAUAAAUAUUGGCAUGACAUAUUGAUUCAACAAAACAAUCGACUUUUUUAAUUAUGUGCCAACGGUAUCAACCAAAAACUGUGUAAAUAUUUAUGAAAUACAUGAAAUAGAUUUUCGAUUGCCAAAUUUUUAUGAAGCGUGAUAUAGAAAUGGUAUAAAACAAUAAAGGACUUGUGUGCAGAACAUACAUAUGUAUGUACAAAUGUAAUUGUUGGUGUGAAUAUUACUUUGUGACAUCUGCAUUUUUUGGCAUUUUAUGGAUGUAACAAUUUGUACACGAAGCAUAUAAAACCGGAUAUUUUUUUUUUUGCGAAUAUUUUAUACACAGCCACGUUUAUGGCAAAAAUUGCGCCUAUUCAACAGCCAAAUUAAGCUUAUGAAUUUUUUCAUCUUUAUAUCAACACAACAAAAGUGACAGAAACAGGAAUGCAAGUUCAACAGGCAACCAAAUGAUGCAAAUUAAUCUGUCGUUAAACAAACGCCAAUAGUGUGUUGCAAAAAAAUCAAGUUAUGGAACUACCCUCGAUGGUGCAACGCUCUGGCGACACGCUAAUUGUGCGCAGCGUCGUCAGUGGUAAUCAAUUGUAUUUGGAUCAGGGUGCCGCCUCCACGAAAAACAACAAUAACCACAAGCAUAGUAGCCCUUCGCCGUUGCAGCAGCAGCAAUCGCAAUCGAGUGGCACCGCCAACUUGUCAACUAGUGCACUGGAACAAUUAGAACGCUAUCGUGCCGCAGCUGCACAGUAUCACCUACAACAACAACAACAGCAUCAGCAACACCAAAAUGCCGCACAACAGCAACAAAAUGCGGUUGCUUCGGCGGUAGCUCAUCAGCAGGCAAUGGAGCUGAAAGAUGAGGGGCUGCCACAGUGUAAAAUCAAGCGCAAUUACAGCUGCAGUUACUGCACUUACUUCACGCAAAAUCCGCGAUACCAUCUUACGCAUCUGCGAGACGUUCAUGGCGAAAAAAUCGUCAUCAAUAAGUGCAAGCUGUGCCUGUAUGCGUCGCGACAUUUUCAAAAGUUGGUGCGGCACAUGAAAAUGGUGCACGGCUGCACCGAUGGUGUGGCGGCCGGUGGACACGGGCAGCCGCGUGGCAAGCGCGGUAUGAGUCGGGAGGCACGCAAGCGAAAGUUGGAACAAAGCGUGGGUUUGGGCGCUGCACCGAAUGAUAUGAGUGACAGCAGCGGAGGCAAUGUCGUAAUGAGUGAAGGUGUGUCGAAAAUGCCGACUUAUGAGCAGGUUAAACGCGAACUGGAGCUGCAGCGCGAAUCCCUUAUCGCCGUUGUUUAUGAGCGUGAGUUACAGGCCCAGCGUGAGCGUGAACUAGACGCCCGUCAACAAGCACAGAAUGCAUACGAACAAGAAAUGCAGGCAGCAACAGCAGCUGCUGCUUCAGCGGCUGCAUCCGAAGCACAACGUCGUCAAUCGCCAGCUAAUGCAGCCACCCCCAGCAGCAUCAGCAGCAACAAUGCAAGUGCCUCUGUAAAUGGCUCUAGCAGCAAUAACGGCAGCGGAAAUCUUUCAGCUUUUCAAUUGCCACCAGCUCAUCAGCAGUCACUUACGGCACAUACCCGCAUCAUUGAGCUUUCACCAUCACCCACCGACUCAGUGUCGUCUGGGCAUGGAGCUGACGCCGCUACCGCAGCUGCAUUGCAUUCCAGUGGGGUUUCACUGAACUACGUUGUAGAUGAGCCCACCCAGAAUAGGCUGUUGAAGUGUAGCCUUUGCGAUUUCACCACACUCUUCCGCGCACAAUUGGUAGAUCACGAAUUAGAUGAGCAUUGUAAGACAAAAUUUUUCCGCUGUGAGAAGUGUUCGUAUGUAACACACAUUAAGGCACGGUUCAGCAAACACGUCAAAUAUCACUCCAUGCCUAUGAUCAAAUGUGUCACGUGUGAUUUUCGUACUCCUUAUAAGUGGAAUCUCGAUCGGCAUAUGAAAAAUCAUGGUGGCGCAGGUCCAUUCAAGUGUGCUGCCUGCGAUUUUACAGCCGAUAUCAAGCAAUCGCUGACGGUGCACGAAAUGAAUCAUCAUGUGCCACCGGUUGGGCAUGCAGCGGGCAUGUCGCUGGGACGACGACCAAACAAGGUCGGUGGUACAGAUUUACGUGAAGAUUUUCUAAGCGAUUCUGUUGAUUUGUUGGAGGAUCAUUUCAAUAAUAACAAUCUCGAUGAAUACGAUGAAGCGUUCGUAGCCGCAGAGCCUUACACCAAACGCAGCAAAUAUGACGAGGAAGAACCGACCGACUUGUCUGCGAAAGGUGGCUCCUCCGACACGUCGUCAGUGCAUAAUCAAAGUUUGAGUGUAUCACUAACGCCAAAAGCAAAGCGGCCAAUACCGAAUCUCAUUCCGAUACCGAAAAAUAAUGGACCAAGCAUUAUGAAUCUUCCCAAGGAGUUCGCUGCCUCGCGUAGCUCCCUUACCGAUAUCGCUUCUAUAUUCUUUAAUGAUAAGCAAAUCUCCGAGAUGUUGCAGCCACUCGAGAAAUCGGACGCCGCUCAAUUAUCACCAACUCCCACCGUUGCGUCCACAUCCAGCCAUGCUUCUCGCAGUUUGCUUCACAAGAAACCCACACCGGGUGGCAGUUUCUUCGACAAAUUGAAAUCCUCCGCGUUGGCAGGACCAAGCGAGAAUCUCAUCUGUCCAUGUGGUCAUAUGGCCAAGUGUCUGUCAGAGUCGAUCAUCCACCGCAAAACAUGCAAUUUCGCUGCUAUCGCCGAAGAUGAUGUUGAGGAAGAGCAAGAUGAUGCAGACGAUCGCCUGGAAAUAGAUUUUGCCGAUGAUGAAGAUCGGCAAUCGCAUUCGGCACUUAAUUUGAGUGUAACCGGUUCAACGCGUUGCCAGCAUUGUCGCCAUCGUUGCAAAUCAUCUGCAGAUCUGUUGAAUCAUCUCAAGCAAUGUACCGAGGCUAGCCGAUGUGGCAAUGACUCUUUCGAUUCAAUGUCUGGUGACAGCAACGCCGGUCGUGUUGGUGGUGCUGACUCCACUAAUGACCAACAUCCGAUGGAGAAUCGCGUAUUCAUCUGGAAUAAAAUGCCUGGUGGUGACACUGGGCAGCGUGAAGGAAGUCAGUGCUCGGAUAGUAGGGGGCAGACAAAUAAUACCGCAGAAUCAUCGGGUAGCAGCGCACACGGCGCUAGCAGUGCAACUUGUGAAGAGAAUAGCUAUUAUGGUGUUGAAACGGCGCCAGGUUAUGGUGAGGUAACGAAAAAGAUGACGCCGGAAGAAGAAGCAGCUAAUUCUUCUUUGAAGAAAGUAUACAAGUGUCCGCACUGUUCUUUCUGGGCAUCAACAGCUUCGCGUUUUCACGUACACAUUGUCGGUCAUUUGAAUAAGAAACCGUUUGAAUGCUCGCUCUGUUCAUAUCGUUCCAAUUGGCGUUGGGAUAUCACCAAGCACAUUCGCCUAAAGACCAUACGUGAUCCCAGCCACAAGAAUGCACGUGUGCUGAUGAACGACGAAACGGGUCGUCGUAAUUACACCAAAUACAAUAAAUACAUCACAUUAAUGAAGGUAACCGAAGAAGAUGGCGAUCCAAAGUUAAUGAAAUCCGGCGAAAUGACACCAAAUCAGGUAGCUUCGUUAUCCUUUAUCAACGAUUACAAUAAAAAUGUGGUACCUAAUGCCUUGACCUCUACCCAUUUGAAUGGCAUCAAGGAGGAUAUAACACUAGAGCCAAUACCAUCGAAAUCUAGCGCCGGUAGUAAUAAUAGUAGUGGUAAUAAUAAUGGCAACGAUCAGUUAGCCGACGGUUUCAUACGUUUACCAUUGCUAGCGACAAUGAUGAAUGCUGCAAUGGCACAACAACACCAUCAACAACAAAAAGACUCCGAACAGGGUCAAGCAACAAUGAUUACACCCUCAGUAACUAUUUCCGCUGUUAAGCGUUCGCCACCGCCUCUUAUAAAGCCUAGUGAUGAUCUGGUCACAGAUGUGCGCCAGGAGGGCAACGAAAAGAAAACAUUUUAUAGGUGUCGCAAGUGCACUUUUCG